AUGAGCACGCAUUUAGACAGCGAAGGGGAGGCCGGGAAGCAGGCAGAUUUAGAUGUCACUGAAGAGUUGCAAAGCCGACGAGAUGUUUCUGGCGGGGAGCUCUUUGACCGGAUCCUGGAGCGGGGUGUCUACACAGAGAAGGAUGCCAGCCUGGUGAUCCAGCAGGUCUUGUCAGCAGUGAAAUACCUCCAUGAGAAUGGCAUCGUCCACAGAGACUUAAAGCCUGAAAACCUGCUGUACCUAACCCCUGAAGAGAAUUCUAAGAUCAUGAUCACAGACUUUGGUCUGUCCAAGAUGGAACAAAGUGGAGUCAUGUCCACUGCCUGUGGGACCCCAGGCUACGUGGCUCCGGAAGUAUUGGCCCAGAAACCCUACAGCAAGGCUGUGGAUUGCUGGUCCAUUGGCGUCAUCACUUACAUAUUGUUGUGUGGGUAUCCCCCUUUCUACGAAGAAACAGAGUCUAAACUUUUCGAGAAGAUCAAGGAGGGCUACUAUGAAUUUGAGUCUCCAUUCUGGGAUGACAUUUCUGAGUCAGGUAAGGCUAGCAGGUGCGAAGGACAAGAUAACAGGCUCAAGGCUGCCAAGAGAAAAGAGCUUAACAACUGUCAUAGUCCUGGCUCUUGAAAGUCCCCGGGGAAUCUUACAGAACAGGC